CAGCAGCAGUCUCGCUAACUGCAGGUUUUCGGGACUCGUGACCGCAGCGUGAGAUAGAGCCCAACGGUCUCCCCUUCCCCUGCCAGGCCCUGCCCCUGCGGGCCCCCCGGGCAGAGCUGCACCUGCACGGCCUCGGGGGCGGCAGCAGCGACAGGUGCCGAACCCGGGCGCAGGCAGCGGGUUCGCCCUCUCCGAGCCAGUGACGAUGCCCGCGAUGCAGAAGACCGUGUCCGAGAUCCGCUCCAGAGCGGAGGGCUACGGGAAGACAGAUGAUGUUUCAGAGAAAACUUCACUCGCUGAUCAAGAGGAAGUGAGAACUGUAUUCAUCAAUCAGCCGCAGUUGACCAAAUUCUGCAAUAAUCAUGUCAGCACUGCAAAAUACAAUAUAAUCACAUUCCUGCCAAGGUUUCUUUAUUCCCAGUUCAGAAGAGCUGCUAAUGCAUUUUUUCUUUUUAUUGCAUUACUUCAGCAAAUUCCAGAUGUGUCCCCAACGGGUCGUUAUACAACAUUGGUUCCUCUGUUAUUUAUUUUAGCUGUAGCAGCAGUCAAAGAAAUCAUAGAAGAUCUUAAAAGACAUAAAGCUGAUAAUGCAGUGAACAAGAAACAAACACAAGUAUUGAGAAAUGGUGCUUGGGAGAUUGUUCAUUGGGAAAAGGUAGAUGUUGGAGAUAUAGUUGUAAUAAAAGGCAAAGAGUAUAUACCUGCUGACACUGUACUUCUCUCAUCAAGUGAGCCACAAGCCAUGUGCUACAUUGAAACAUCAAAUUUAGAUGGUGAAACAAACCUAAAAAUUCGACAGGGUUUGCCAUUGACAGCGGAUAUAAAAGACAUUGACAGUUUGAUGAUACUUUUGGGCAGAAUUGAAUGUGAAAGCCCAAAUCGACAUCUCUAUGAUUUUGUUGGAAAUAUCAGACUAGAUGGGCAUGGUACUGUUCCAUUGGGACCUGACCAAAUUCUUUUACGAGGCGCUCAGCUAAGAAAUACCCAGUGGGUUCAUGGAAUAGUUGUCUAUACAGGACAUGAUACAAAACUCAUGCAGAAUUCAACAAGCCCACCUCUUAAACUGUCCAAUGUGGAACGAAUUACAAAUAUUCAGAUCUUGAUUUUGUUCUGCAUUCUUAUGGCCAUGUCUUUAAUCUGUUCUAUUGGUUCAGCUAUAUGGAAUCGAAGGCAUGCCCAAAGGGACUGGUAUCUCAGUCUAAACUAUGGUGGAGCUAACAAUUUUGGACUGAAUUUCUUGACUUUUAUUAUUCUCUUCAAUAAUCUCAUUCCAAUCAGUUUGUUGGUUACACUAGAAGUUGUUAAAUUUAUCCAGGCAUAUUUCAUAAAUUGGGAUAUAGACAUGCACUAUGAACCUACAGACACUGCCUCCAUGGCUCGUACAUCCAAUCUCAAUGAAGAACUUGGCCAGGUCAAAUACAUAUUUUCUGACAAAACUGGUACCCUGACUUGCAAUGUAAUGCAAUUUAAGAAGUGCACCAUAGCAGGAAUUGCUUAUGGCCAUUGUCCUGAGCCUGAGGAUUAUAGUAGUUCUUCAGAUGAUUGUCAGGGCUCGCAGACUGGAGAAGAGAAACCAUUUAGUGAUCCAUCACUGCUGGAGAAUCUCCAAAGCAAUCAUCCAACUGCACCUAUAAUUUGCGAGUUUCUAACAAUGAUGGCAGUGUGUCAUACAGCUGUUCCAGAAAGAGAAGGUGAUAAGAUUAUAUAUCAAGCAGCAUCUCCAGAUGAAGGAGCAUUGGUCAGAGCAGCCAAACAACUUCAUUUUGUAUUCACUGGAAGGACACCUGACUCAGUAAUUAUAGACUCUCUUGGCCAUGAGGAAAGAUAUGAAUUGCUAAAUGUACUGGAAUUUACAAGCACUAGAAAAAGAAUGUCUGUGAUUGUUCGCACACCAACAGGGAAAUUAAGACUCUACUGUAAAGGAGCUGACACAGUUAUUUAUGACCGUCUGGCCGAGAGUUCCAAAUACAAGGAAAUUACUUUAAAACAUUUAGAGCAGUUUGCUACAGAAGGUUUAAGAACUCUCUGUUUUGCUGUUACUGAGAUAUCAGAAAGCAAAUAUCAAGAGUGGCUAGAUGUCUAUCAUCGAGCGUCAACAUCUAUACAAAACAGAGCACUGAAGCUUGAGGAGAGUUAUGAACUAGUUGAAAAAAAUCUUCAACUGCUCGGAGCUACAGCCAUUGAAGACAAGCUGCAAGACAAAGUGCCUGAAACGAUAGAAACUCUAAUGAAAGCAGACAUCAAAAUUUGGAUUCUUACUGGGGACAAACAAGAGACUGCUAUUAACAUUGGUCACUCGUGUAAACUUUUGAAAAAGAACAUGGGACUCAUUGUUAUCAAUGAAGGGUCUCUUGAUGGAACAAGAGAGACCCUAAGUCGUCACUGCAGUACUCUUGGUGAUGCUUUGAGGAAGGAAAAUGACUUUGCUCUUAUAAUUGAUGGUAAAACACUGAAGUAUGCCUUAACAUUUGAAGUAAGACAGUAUUUCCUGGAUUUGGCUUUGUCAUGUAAAGCUGUUAUUUGUUGCAGGGUGUCUCCUCUUCAGAAAUCUGAAGUAGUAGAAAUGGUAAAAAAACAAGUUAAAGUAGUAACACUGGCAAUUGGUGAUGGAGCAAAUGAUGUUAGUAUGAUACAGACAGCACAUGUUGGCGUUGGUAUUAGUGGAAAUGAAGGGCUACAGGCAGCUAAUUCUUCGGAUUACUCCAUAGCACAGUUCAGAUAUCUGACGAACUUGUUGUUGGUUCAUGGUGCUUGGAACUACAGCAGAAUAGCUAAAUGCAUCUUAUACUGUUUCUACAAGAAUAUAGUCCUUUAUAUUAUUGAGAUCUGGUUUGCUUUUGUUAACGGCUUUUCUGGACAAAUUCUUUUUGAAAGAUGGUGUAUAGGUCUUUACAAUGUGAUAUUUACAGCUAUGCCACCGCUGACUCUUGGAAUAUUUGAGAAAUCCUGCCGAAAGGAAAAUAUGCUGAAAUAUCCAGAAUUAUACAAGACUUCUCAAAAUGCCCUGGACUUUAACACAAAGGUUUUCUGGGUUCAUUGUUUAAAUGGCCUCUUCCACUCAGUUAUUCUGUUUUGGUUUCCACUAAAAGCCUUCCACUAUGGUACUGUAUUUGCCAAUGGUAAAACUUCAGACUACCUACUCUUGGGAAACAUUGUUUACACUUUUGUGGUGAUAACAGUGUGUUUAAAAGCUGGAUUAGAGACUUCAUAUUGGACCUUGUUUAGCCACAUAGCAAUAUGGGGAAGCAUUGCACUUUGGGUAGUGUUUUUUGGAGUCUACUCAUCCUUGUGGCCUGUCAUUCCUAUGGCACCUGACAUGUCCGGGGAGGCAGUUAUGUUGUUCAGCUCUGGAGUCUUUUGGAUGGGUCUGUUAUGUAUUCCUGUGACAGCUUUGCUUUUUGACGUAGUAUACAAAGUAAUCAAGAGAGAUACUUUUAAGACACUGGUAGAUGAAGUUCAGGAGUUGGAAGCAAAAUCUCAAGAUCCAGGGGCAGUUGUGCAUGGCAAGAGCUUAACUGAAAGAGCUCAACUACUGAAGAAUGUCUUUAAGAAGAGUCCUGUGAACUUGUACCGCUCUGAAUCUCUGCAGCAGAACUUGCUUCAUGGCUAUGCAUUCUCUCAAGAUGAAAAUGGAAUAGUUUCCCAGUCUGAAGUAAUACGAGCUUAUGAUACCACAAAACAAAGACCUGACGAAUGGUGAAGGAAUACAGCUUGCAACAGAGAGCCCUUAGAAUUACUUAAGCAAGACAAACUACUAGAUCUUUGGUAGGGUCUGCUAGCAGGAUCCAGUCACAAAGAUUACAGGAAGAUCCAUGAUGAUCUUGUUUCAUAAAGUUUGGAUUAGUGUAUUCAAUAGACAUAAGCACUGUGCAACUCUACUGUAACAUGCCACCUCUUUACAUUUUUCACAAAUAUUUGCUUUGUCUUUGUAAACAGGGGUGGAAAAUUACCUUGUGUUUUGCCAGAUCACUUAUUUACGAGGCUGAAUCAGUAUUGUUCAUAUAUCAUAUUGCUUGGGGCAUCAUUAAUGGUCAGAUUACCACUAUACAUAAAUUAUUAACAUUUGUGCAGGUUCAUAAAUGGCUAUACAUUUAAAGUACAGUUGAUAACAAGCCUUUGAUUUCGACAAGUGCUGACUAACCAACAUUUUAAUGGUGUUAACUCACCUUAUUAAGCAAGAUUUCAAACCAAGGUGUUUGUGUCAAACUAGCCUAAAAAUAUGUUUGCCAAAGAAGUUCCAUAAUUGCAGUUCUCAAGAAUCUCCAGUAGUCAUUUGCAGAGAUAUUUAAAAGGAAAUUAAUUUAAAGUCCUGAUGUCAGAAAUGCAUGCUUGAUUCUCCAUACUUGAUAAAAAUACAGCAUAAUGAGCCUAA